CAAUCCUCUCGACUCAGUUUUCGCAUCUCAGUUCUUGUUUUUUGUUUAGCGUUUUAGUUUUUAUUAAAUUUAUUUAUUUUUGUAAUUGUUUUAUUCUAUAGAAAUAUGUGAAACAAGGAGAUAUACUAGUGUCAAAGUGAAAUUUAUAGAAAUUGAAUGGUUCUCUCAAAAAAGUUUGCUAAAAAACCAAGGUGAAAAAGUAGUUUGCAUCUCGUUAAUCAAUUUAUGAGAAGAAAAAUCGAAAAAAUCACAAUCCGCCUUCUAGAAACGCGUUUUCUGUGUGCCAGCAUUGUGUCGUCGUCGUCGUUGUUGUUGUGUCGUGGUCUUAAGUUAUCUCGGGACGUUGCUGGUUGGUGGUGUUUAACUUGUUGGCUGGCUGGCUGUCUGGGCAAUGUUUUCAUGUGUUUGUUGUUGGCGUUUUCAUUUGAUUGUUGGCCAAAACAAACCAAACCUAGCAUAAGCCGACUUUUCUUUCCUGUGUCGUUGUUUGUGUAUUAUUCUCGUCAUCUCUGCCAGUCUAUUUCGACUAGAGGAGCAAGCGUAGCUAAGCAGCUACAGCAACAAACACACUGCUGGGGGAGAAAAACAGGAUCAAGAUUAGUGUGACCGCAGAAAAAUCAAUUUCAAGUUUACGGCUCCAACUUUAGCAACUCACCUGUAUGCAUACAUACAUCAUCAUAAGCCGAAAUACCGCAAACUUAGCUUGCAAACUUAGCUUGUAUUCUUGAAUGAGUGUUGGUCUGUCGCAUCUUCAACUAAAUUGUCAAGUAAGACGGAAGCAAAAACAUUAAAAGCUGAUCAUUUGCUAUUGGCAAUCUCUCGAGGAGGAAAAAUAAGUUAAAAGCAAUUAAACGAAGAUUCGUCGAGUAAAAGUACCCAUUCCGACCAAGUAUCGACUUACUCCCUUCCUAUGUGUGAAAGAAAUCUCAGACCAAACAACAACAUUAAGCAAUCAAACACUAACAUCAUUAGCCGCUUCACCUUUGACGUUUGCUACAUCGUUCAUUGUCUUCGUUUUCUUCAUUGCCGUUCGCACACAAUUAACUAGAUUUGGUUGGUUUUCUACACACUCUCUCUUGGUUUUUGGUAUUUUGUCAUCGUAGUUAGCAUCAUUAUCACCAGCAGGCAACACAUACACCAUCAUUAUGCUGCGAUUCUUGAGUCGACGCAAAGCUCGAAAUAAUUACGUAGAAACUGCUAGUGCAGACAACGCAAAUGAUCGCACCGAUGGACGAGGUCCUUACGGGGCUGGAGGUGGUGGCGGCGCUAACUCCUCACAAAUAAAGCCACAACGAAUACCGGUGAAUAAGAAUAAAAUCGAUUGCCGGGUAAUACUUUUGGAUAACACAGAUCUCUCGAUUGAAUUGUCGAAAAAGGCAAUGGGCAACUUUCUGUACGAGCAGGUAUUCUACAAUUUGGAUAUUAUUGAGAAAGACUAUUUUGGUUUGCAGUUUAUGGAUGCCAAUCAUGUCAAGCAUUGGCUAGAUCCCACAAAACCCAUCAAGAAACAAGUGAAAAUUGGUCCGCCAUAUACAUUCCGUUUGAGAGUAAAGUUUUACUCUUCCGAACCAAAUACUCUGCGCGAAGAGCUGACACGCUAUUUAUUUUUCCUACAGCUGAAAAAUGACCUGCUGGAAGGUCGUCUGGAAUCUCCUGAAGAUAAGGCUGCCGAAUUGUGUGCUUUGGCAUUGCAAUCUGAAUUGGGCGAUUACGAUGAACAAGUGCAUACCGCUGCAACAGUAUCGGAAUUUCGUUUUGUACCCGAUCAAACAGAAGAAUUGGAAAUCGCUAUUUUAGAAGAAUACAAAAUGUGUCGUGGUCUUACCCCAGCGCAAGCUGAGUUGGCGUUUCUGAACAAAGCUAAAUGGCUGGAUAUGUAUGGUGUUGAUAUGCAUACAGUUCUGGGCAAAGAUGGAUGUGAAUAUCACUUAGGCUUAACUCCAACUGGCAUAUUGGUUUUUGAACGUGAUCAAAAAAUUGGUUUAUUUUUUUGGCCGAAAAUAAGUAAACUUGAUUUCAAGAAGAAGAAAUUGACGUUAAUUGUCAUUGAGGAUGAUGACGAGGGUCGUGAACAGGAACACACAUUCGUGUUUCGUUUGUAUAACGAAAAAGCCUGCAAACAUUUGUGGAAAUGUGCCGUGGAACAUCACACAUUCUUCCGUUUGCGGGCACCCGUUAAGGGUCCAUCUGCUCGUCAGAACUUCUUCCGUAUGGGUUCACGUUUCCGUUAUUCUGGCCGUACAGAAUUUCAGGCUACUGUUCAGAGCCGAGCCAGGCGUACCGUACAAUUUGAACGUAGACCGUCUCAAAGAUUUGCCAGUCGUCAAUCGCAUUUGAUGCGCGAACGCCAAAAGGCGUCGCAGGAGAAUGCUGCCUCUGCUUUGGCUUCUGUGAAUGCUAGAGCAGCUGCUGCGGCCGCAGCAAUGGCUUCACCCUCUACCCAACCACCAUUGCCCUUAACGCCCGAUAAUCUAAAUGCAACCGUAGAUUCUAUUCUAUCUACAGCCACCGUUGACAAUCAACCCACCAUAAAUACCAUUACCCCCUCGCCUUCCAUUCAAACGGUUAUACACAAUACAUCUGUAUUUGAUGAUGCCAUAUGCGGAAGCUCAGUUCAUUCGGGAUCACAGAAUAAUGCCUGUGCAUCAUUAGGCCGAAAUUCGAUCAGAUCGAAUUCGAGUACUGAUGAUCCGGCGUACAGUAAGAUUGGAUCAUUGGGCAAAGCAGCUGGAUUAACUGUGAAAUUGGAUUCAGAAUGUGCUGGUGCUACAAAUAUUGCUCCCUAUUCUCCCAAUAAUAUCAAAAACUUUGAGGAAACAAAUCCGUUCCGUACCAACAUAUCUCACAAUGGUUCAUUUGGCAAGGCGUCCAUACAUUCGGGCCUAAGCAUUAAGAGUGGCUUGUCGGAUAAAGAUAAAGAGCUAGAUUCAUUACUAAAGUCCAUUGUUAAAGAUCCAUCCCCAUCAGUCUUAGCUACUGAGGCAAUUAACGAUGCUAACAGUAUCAGAGUAACUAUUAAUAAAACGUACGACAUGGAUCAUAAUACGGAAACGCUGAAACGGUUAUCAUCGACUUCCGAGAAGCCCAACAAUCAAGUGAAGUUGGCUAAUGUUGGAGCAGGUGCAUUACCACCUGGACAUAUUAAAUGCAAUAUUUUAAAAGCUCGAGUCGAAGAGGAGCUUGGAGCGAAUACAAAUGCAAAGCUGACGAAUCAAAUGUUUGUGCCUGCAGCUACAUCGAUAAAUAACAACAAUAACAACAUCAAUUGUAAUAGUAACAUAACGAACAACAUUAUACACCACAGCGAAGGACCGGACUCCAUCAAUGCCACCUACAUUUCAGUUGGGGGCGAUAAACUGACUUUGAGCAUAACGGAACAGAAGCCCACCACCACCGCCCUGAAUUCUGGUAAUAAUUUAUUUGGUUUAUCCGGCACGAGCACAAGCUCUAAUAGUAUUGGUCACAAUACCUCAACUACCACCACACCAACAUCUCCAUUUGCUAAUGCCACUUUUAUAUCAGAAUUCAACACCAACAGCACCCAUCAGACAUCAUCAACCACCACUUCUCCACCAAACUCUCUAACCAUUUUGAAUACCAUACCAUCGUCGUCGUCGUCCAAUCAUAACAACAAUAAUACUAGUAACACUACCACAAACAACAGCAGCACUGGCCCAUCUGCAAGCACAAUAACAAACAACACAUCGUCCUCAGCGACCAAUACUAAUGCCGAGACGACAGGUUCAUCGUCAACGUCAGCACAAACGAAAUGCACAACUCCCACACUAACAUCGACUACGGCGGAAAUGUUAAUAAAUGAGAUAUUCAUUAAUAAUAUUAUCAAUAACAAUGUAAAAGCCAGUACUGAGAUGAACAACAGCAGCGGCAAGCAAACAAACGGCCACAGCGAAGUCGAUUCGUCGCCGGCAUCCUUGUCUCGGUCGUCUACUAACAAUCCCACUCCAUCUGUGGGCACCCUAUUGUUUUCUACUUUAAGCGAACAGGAACGGCAACAGAAGCAACGCGAUGCCAUAAAUAAACAGAAUUCAAUGUAUGCUCAACAGGCGAGUGAAAAACCAGAAAGUUUUGCAGAUAAAAACAAGCCCUAUUCACAAAAACAAAACCUUCACAAUCAUGUCAUAACAACACAAAACGAUGCAAUGGUCUCACCAUGGUUGGUAUCCUCCGAAGUAGUGUCUGCGCCUAAAAGUAAAGAACCAACGAUCAUCAGAAAAUCUGUUAUUACAACACAGUUGUAAGACGAAUUUUAAUUUAUUCCCCCGUUAUUACAUUAUCUAUUUGACUAACUAUGUAUCUAUUUAAUUAUCUAUUUAUUUUUCUACUUAAACAAAAAGUGAUCAUGAGCAUAUAAUUCGUGUAAAGAUUUUAAUUUGUAUCUUCGAAACAACAAAGGCAAAGCACGUUUGCAACUGAGAAAGCAAUUUCGAAAGACAAUGAAUUUUCUUUUUAGAUUGAUAGAUAACUUUGAAAAAGUUAACUUUAGAUUAUAAGUGCCUUAAAUGCAGCUAUUGAAUUUUAUUCGAAACAAAUCUACUUAAAAUAAGUACUUAAACAUCCAUUCCAAUUUAAAUGGAAUCCCCCUACCCCUAAGCAAAAGUGACUUAUAUAUCAAAAUUAAUGAUUUACAUGGACCAUCGUUAGUAAAGGCAUUUAUUUUAUUAUGUGUAUCUUGAAUAUAUCUAUAUUUGUGUGUCUAUUCGAUAACAAUAACAAAACAACAUUCCAAUUUUUGAAUGUAACUUUGAUUCCUUCCAUUAAUGUGUAUUUUUUUUAAUUUACCUAAGUAGUUAAUGUCUUCUUGAAUAUUAUUUAAAUUGUAAGCAUUGUAUUUUAUACAUAUUUCCAUACAUACCGACACAUAAUGCAUAUGUUUUACCAUACACCAACUCACAACAAUACAUUACAAUGUAUUGAGUUGCCCCCCUCAAAAAGUAUUAUAUCCGAAAACGUAUCAUCGACGAAUAAACAAACAUACAAUACAAUCAAA